AUGGACGGUUAUGAUGAGCAGCACGUGCAGGGUGAUUCGGCACGUGCCGCCGGGGACGGUGCUGCUCCGGGGAGCACAAGUCGGUGGAACCCAACAAAGGAGCAGAUCAAUAUGCUUGAGAAUUUUUACAGGCAAGGCAUAAGGACGCCGAGCGCCGAGCAAAUACAGCAGUUGACAAGUAGGCUGAGGGCUUAUGGCCACAUCGAGGGCAAAAAUGUGUUUUAUUGGUUUCAAAAUCACAAGGCAAGGCAGAGGCAGAAGCAGAAGCAAGAGAGCGUAGCUUAUCUUAAUCGCUUUUUCCAUAUGACAUCCCAGCCUAUGUUUCCUCCUCCUCCUCCUCUUAAUCAUCAUCCUUGCCCAAAUGUGAUGUGCAGCCCAUAUUACAUACCAGUUCAGAAUGAAUUAGGGUUCUAUCAACAAUCUCCAUAUCCCUAUAAGGUGCCUUUUCCUGGUGGAGCCAAGGGGAAACUAAGGACUGAGAAAUCCGUUAAGCCAAGAACCACCCGCGCUGGUUUCUCUGGAUAUGAACCUAUGCCCCACGGAUAUAGUACUAGCGGAGGCGGCGACAUGAUCAACAAUGUCGCGAACGAAUCGACGGGCAGAUGUGAUCAAGAAACACUGCCACUCUUUCCUUUGCAACCCACAGGCAUUUUACAAGGGAGAGAAUAUCAAAACCCUUCAUGUGGUUCUGGUACUGCUAAUUAUGCUGACAAUUCCACUGCUGCUCUAAUUGGCUCUAAUUCUGAAAUUGUUGGUGACCAACCUUUCUAUGACUUUUUCUCUGGAUAG